CGACUACAGCCUCACAAUGGUUGGAAGUACGCUGGCUAUGCGGUCAAACGCCAUGCAAUUGUCGUCGCUGUCGCGCAGGUCGCUCACGACGCGGUCGCCCGUCCAGGCUCUGCGGUCAUCACAAUCGCUGAGUCUACGCACUGCUCGUCGUCCCUAUUCCGACGCUGCACCUCUCCCAGCUCCCAAGCCCAAGAAGCGAUUUCGAUUCCUGCGCUGGACGUGGCGUCUAACCUUGUUGGCUGGUGUUGGUCUGGCCGGUAACCUCGCUUACAACAUCUACGACCAACGUCACCCGACCGAGCAAUUCGUACCUGAUCCCAGCAAGAAGACUCUUGUGAUUCUCGGAACCGGCUGGGGAUCCGUUUCUCUUCUCAAAAAACUCGACACAGAAAACUACAAUGUCGUCGUCAUCUCGCCCCGUAACUACUUCCUUUUCACUCCUCUGCUGCCGUCAUGCACAACUGGCCAGGUCGAGCACCGCUCUAUCAUGGAGCCCAUCCGAAGCAUUCUCCGUCACAAGAAAGCCCACGUCAAGUUCUACGAAGCCGAGGCCACAAAGGUCGACUAUGAGAAGCGCAUUGUAUACAUUAGUGAUGACUCGGAAAUCAAGGGCGACAUCUCCCACACCGAGGUUCCCUUUGACAUGCUUGUCAUGGGUGUUGGUGCGGAAAACGCUACUUUUGGUAUCAAGGGUGUCAAGGAGAACUCUUGCUUCCUGAAGGAGGUUGGCGAUGCCCAGAGGAUCCGCAAGCGCAUCAUGGACUGUGUUGAGACUGCCAUGUUCAAGGAUCAGUCUGAGGAAGAGAUCAAGCGUCUUCUGCACAUGGUUGUCGUUGGUGGCGGCCCGACCGGUGUUGAAUUCGCUGGUGAGCUGCAAGACUUCUUCGAGCACGAUCUGAGGAAGUGGGUUCCUGAGAUCCAGGAGAACUUCCGCGUCACCCUUGUUGAAGCUCUGCCCAACGUGCUUCCUAUGUUCUCCAAACAGCUGAUUGACUACACGGAAUCGACGUUCAAGGAGGAAUCCAUCACGAUCCGCACCAAGACGAUGGUCAAGAACGUCACAGACAAGUAUAUCGAAGCCGAGGUCACCAAGCCCGACGGGACCAAGGAGCUCGAGACCAUUCCAUACGGUCUGCUUGUUUGGGCUACCGGUAACGCUAUCCGUCCCAUCGUUCGCGAUCUUAUGAGCCAGCUCCCCGCCCAGAAGAACUCGCGUCGUGGUCUUGCUGUCAACGAAUACCUUGUUGUGAACGGUACUGAGAAUGUCUGGGCUGUCGGAGACUGUGCCAUCACCAACUACGCCCCUACCGCCCAGGUUGCCAGUCAGGAGGGCGCUUUCCUCGCCCGCCUUUUCAACACCAUGGCCAAGACCGAGGCCAUCGAGAAAGAGUUACAGAGACUAUCUGAAGCUCAAUCAGCCGCCAAGAGCGAAGAAGAGCGCAACAAGAUCUUCGACGAAAUCCGUGAUCACCAGCGCCAACUGCGGCGAACCAAGCAAAUCGGCCCGUUCCAAUACUCCCACCAGGGAAGCCUGGCCUACAUUGGAAAGGAGCGUGCGGUUGCAGAUAUCAGCUGGCUGAGCGGCAACAUCGCAAGUGGUGGAACUAUGACCUAUCUCUUCUGGCGUAGUGCUUAUCUUAGCAUGUGCUUCAGCACCCGCAAUCGUGUCCUAGUUGCCCUCGACUGGGUCAAGGCCAAGCUCUUUGGUCGUGACGUGUCUCGCGAGUAAUUUAUCUCUGCUGCCACCACCAGCAGUACCUAGAAUUGGGUGCUAGGACCGUGUACAACAAUAAAUACGCCCCUACUUUUAUGACCUUCUGAGCGCGACACCGCAUUUUCCUCCGAACAAUAAUCCUUCUUUCCCUUUCCCUUGCUCCAGUUAACGCCACGCCGCCUCUAUGACCUUUCUUACUGAACCGAGCUUCCGCCCGGUUUAUCUCGAUAUCCCUGUCUCCUGAUCAUCAUUAUCCUCGUCGUCAAACAUUCCGAUAUUCCUUCGUGGUUGCCGAUAAGCCACGAACCACCCACCAAAAAUAACUUGCUCUAAUCGGGAUUGAACGGAUCCGCUACUCGUUCCCGUUCUGUCUUUCACUGCAGAGCCUUUUACUUGUACGAUUGGCCACUGAUAGACUUGGUUGUCUGUUUGCGCAUAGACUUGAAUGUUUCUUUUCUAUUCUUGUUUCAAUUCUGUUUUCUUGAGUUUGAGGCUUGGUGUGGGAUUCGAUUCGAAUUCGCCGAAUUAAUAGGUAACAGUAACGUAUUUCUUUUCCUGUUCUAAAUAUCAUCUGGUAUCAUAUUCACUGUUGCUCGGUUUUUUCCCCGGUGCUAUAGUGUACGUAUAUCUGUGUUGUAUUAUUAUCAUAUUUGCUACUUUAG